ACGUUUUAGCUCAGGGCCUGGUGGCUAGGUUGGUUCUCUCCUUUCCAAUCGGAGACCUCUGCCGCAAACAUGCUCUGCCAGAUCCUCGGUCAGGCCAAGAAGCAUCCGAGCUUGAUCCCCCUCUUUGUAUUUAUUGGAACUGGAGCUUCUGGAGCAACACUGUAUCUCUUGUGUCUGGCAUUGUUCAAUCCAGAUGUUUGUUGGGACAGAAAUAACCCAGAGCCCUGGAACAAACUGGGUCCUAAUGAUCAAUACAAGUUCUACACAGUGAACGUGGAUUACAGCAAGCUGAAGAAGGAAUGUCCAGAUUUCUAAAUGAAAUGUUUCACUAUAACGCUGCUUUAGAAUGAAGGUCUUCCAGAAGCCACAUCCGCACAAUUUUCCACUUAACCAGGAAAUAUUUCUCCUCUAAAUGCAUGAAAUCAUGUU